GACAGCAGUCAGAGAAAGUAAAAAAUCCUUUGUACAGUUGCGACUUGGAGCCCAUUUUUCAAUUAUUUAUAAAUCUGAAAAUAUAUUAGCUGCUAAAGAAUUGAAGAUCAAAAAUGGACGACGAUUUACCUACAGACUUCCAAGUCAUCGUCGUGGGGACGGGCAUGGUUGAGUCCAUCGUAGCUGCAGCGUGCAGUCGAAUAGGCAAAAAUGUGCUACAUCUAGACUCGAGUGACCACUAUGGGGGUCUUUGGGCCUCAUAUAAUUUUGAGGGUCUUCAGAAAUUUAUUAAGGAAAUUAACUCGGACCCAAACAGGCAACUCCAGGUGUACAACUUGAUUGAAAAGUGGUAUAUUGAUAAAGACUCACCUCAAGAGGAAACGAAACAAGAGACUGAAGAUGAAAAGACUGAGCCCCCCAAGAAGAUAUGGAGCCAAGCCGACUUUGCUUCCGAGUACAGGAAGUUUAAUAUUGACAUGACACCAAAGCUGCUGUUUUCCCGCGGGCCGUUAGUGGAGCUCCUAAUAUCUUCGAAUAUUGCUCGUUAUGCUGAGUUCCGUUGCGUGACACGUGUUCUCACUUGGCUCAAUGACAAGUUGAAUCCUGUCCCCUGUUCCCGGGCUGACGUGUUCGCUACGGAGGCUGUCAGCAUCGUGGAGAAGAGGAUGCUCAUGAAAAUGCUCACUUCCAUCGUAGGGUACAAUGAAGAAGAGAUGGACAAUGAAUUUAAGGAUUGGACCGACAAAUCCUUCAAGGACUACCUGACUCACAAGGGUCUGACACCGAAUCUGAUCCACUACGUGUUGUACGCUAUCGCCGGCGGUUCUGACGCUAUGCCGUGUCUGGAGGGUGUUAGGGAAUGCAAGAAGUUCCUGAUGAGUCUCGGCCGCUAUGGGAACACGCCGUUCCUUUGGCCGAUGUACGGCAGCGGGGAACUGCCUCAGGGCUUCUGUCGAUUAUGCGCGGUAUUCGGCGGCGUGUAUUGCUUGAAUCGUCCGAUAGAUUCGGUCGAGACUAAGACGGGUGACGAAGGGAAAGAGAUCGUGGUCAUCGGCAGCAAGGCCAAGAACUUGAAUUGCGAUCAUCUAGUCAUCGGUAUAAACGAGUGUCCCAAGGAUCUACUGUCCUCGGAGCCGAGCGAGAGCUCGGAUAUAUCCAAGGCUAUAUUCAUUACCAAUGGCACUAUAAUGCCAAGCGAGAAAGAACCGCUGACCCUACUGAGAUUCCCGCCGCUAGAUGAAGGUGACAACCCUGUUACUGUUCUUGAAGUCGGACCAGCCACCGGCUCCUGCCCUAAAGGCCUCUUCGCCGUUUACUUCAUAACGAACAAGGUUAAGGAUGCCGAGAGUGAUCUCAUGAAGUACGCGGAGAAGAUCUUCGACAUGACUGGAGACCAGACCAAGGCUGGAGACAAGCCGACGUGCCUGUGGUCUCUGUUCUACAACGUGAAGGAUGUGAGCGCGGGAGUACGUGACGGUGUUGAGACGGUCCACGUGUGUGCCGGACCAGACGCCGGGCUGGACUUCGACCGCGCCGUACUCCAGGCGGAACAAAUCUUCAAGAAGAUCUGCCCGGGCGAGGAGUUCUUGCCCCGCGCCCCGGAUCCUGAAGACAUCGUCUUCGAGGAUGACGUCACUCACGGGCCGGAGUUCCGCGGCGACGAAGGAGACAAAGAGUAAAGAUCUAGAUAAUACAGCACGUCUUACAGUUAUAGAUUUAGCGUUUUAACUAUUUCAAGGUCAAUUCGAUGCCUGCUGAAAAUAUGUGUUUACAAUACUUGUAGCAUUUAGAUCAUUGUACGCAGCUUACAUCGAUUAUAACAUAUCUGAAUAGUGUAGACAUUUUAACUGAAUAUAUAUUGAUCUCCUGUAAACACGUGCUGGUUAGCUGUAAGGUGUAAUCCAACUAAGAUUUUAUAAGCUUUCGCUUCGAUUAAUGCAUUCCGGCUGGUGUGGAAGGUUUGGGAUACGGGACGUGCUAAUAUUUCGCGCGGGUUGCAUUUGUUUUUUGUAUUCAUAGUUUUUGUAUGACAUUGAAAAUUCUCAUAACGAAUUUUAUUUUUAUAUGAUGCUGGGUUAUCUUGACGCGUCGCAAGAGAAACUUUAAGCUUGAUUGAUUGGAUAUUUUUUUAUAAAAAUUAUUAAUAAGUGCAAUAUUGAUGUAUCAAUUGUUUUAUAUAAUAUUUUUAAUAUAAAAAUGAUGGCGGUUGGUAGAGGUCGUGCGACGUGAUGUUGGCACACCAGUCAUAGGCAUAAAAUGUAUCACAUACUAAUUUUUUUUGUAUUAUUAAGUUAUUUAGCACUCUCAAUCGUAUUUAUUGUCAAAUAAACUUUGCAUGAUGAUGCAACUGCAUAUGAUAAUUCCAUUAAAUUGUGAUUAUUAGAAA